ACGUCAGUAGUCAAUACUCCUGCACCAUGAAAACUUAAAUACUUCUGUGACUUGAAAACAAGGCUCCAGACUAAGCAACUCAUUUUUUUUUUAAUUGCUGCUAACUAGCAAAUCUAAAGUAGGCAUAUAUUGCUAGGGUGUAAAUGUCUUUGAGAAACUGGUUCUUUCUAAAGACCUCCCACAUAGCCUAAGAGACUUAACCAUGUGAAGUUCUUUGGCAUUAGCAGAAAGCAGUACUUGUCUCAAGAAGGAAGAACAAUUACAGCACUUGAGAAACAUCUGAACAGGACAGCAUUGGAGUGGGAAUCAUGACACAGUACAAGCUCACCUAUUUUAACCUUCGAGGCAGAGCAGAAACUGCCCGGUAUAUAUUUGCAUUUGCUGGGAUCUCUUAUGAAGACAACAGAAUUGAGUUUGCUGACUGGCCUACCCUUAAGCCUAAAAUCCCUUUCAGAAAGUUGCCAGUUUUGGAAGUUGAUGGAACUUUCAUCCACCAGAGUCUUGCUAUAGCAAGGUACAUUGCCAGAGAAACAGGACUGGAUGGUAAAAGUAGUUUGGAAAAAGCUCAGGUUGAUGCCCUUGCAGACACCAUCAAUGAUUUAGCCAGCCUGUUUCCCUGGAAAGAACAAGAUAAAGAGAAAAAGAAGCAGAUAAUAGACAACAUUUUUGCCAAUGUGGCUCCUGAUGUGCUUAAGGACUUGGAAGAAUACCUAGGUGACCGACAGUGGUUCGUUGGUGAAUCGGUAACCUGGGUUGAUUUUUAUUGGGAAAUCUGCAUUACAACUUUGAUGUCUAUGUCACCCAGUUUUGCUCAAAGCAAUCCAAAACUCUUGGCUCUAAAGAGUCGAGUUCAAGCACUUCCGGCUAUUGCUGAAUGGAUACAAAGAAGACCUCAAACUGCUUUGUAAAUGAACAUAUUUUGCUCAUCAACUUCCUUUCCUCCAACCCAUCUAACUGCAUUAUGCUUUCAGUACAUUUUUAGGCAGCACUUUCAUCGCAAAUUAAGGAAAAUAUGUGAAUGCAACUGUUACUUUGUUAUAUUAGUGUGUUCCUUUUAUUAAUGCUUAACAUAGUAUUUACCACUUUUCUCUCCUUUCUCUUGUUUAUUUUUACUAUUAACCAUGACUCUCCCUUUUAUCUUGUAUACCUUUAUUUACUCUAGUCUUCAUUUUCUCCUACUCAUGGUUGAACUUUCAUCAGUUUGUAGUCUUUAACUUUGAUUUUAUACCAAUAUUAUAACUCUUGCAACUUUCACUUUUUGCUUACAGCUUGUUCAGUCUUAAUGAUUCGCUUAUUCUCAGCUACACAUUCUCCAAUAUGACAAAUAAUGACUAUUAUCAGCUGCACAUUCUCCAAUAUGACAAAUAGCGACUAUUAACUCAAGAAAUGUUUUUGAUAGCUUUCAGGUGCCUAAUUGUCUGAUACCAUUGCUAUCAAAGUUGUGUUAGACUAAGCUAUAAUGCUUCUAAUUAUUGCAAUGAAUAUUUUUUAAUUUGUCAUUAAAAUUCAGAAUUGAUUUUA